GACUUGCUCUCGAAAUCCCUUGCGGAGUCGAUGGGCGAAGGCAGGCGCUCGCCGAAGCGAGCACUCGCCGAGGCGAAGUCGAUGGGCAAGCACUCCGCCCUGAUGAAACGCUCCUGGCAUUCUUGACGAUGAUCUCACUGGGGACAGUAUUUUUCAGUUUCGUGGAUUACUGCGUCUGCGAGGAUUUUGAUACGUGCGAUGUGGUGCUUCCUUUCGGUGAGACGCAGAGCUGUCUGGAUCUCGGCGGAACUCGGCGCACUGUCCUCCAGGCCUUUUACAUGUCUUGCAUUACAUUAACCACUGUAGGUUAUGGUGAUGUUGUUCCUGGAAAUUGGUUGGGCCGACUCUUUGCAUCCGUUUGGAUGGUGGCUGGAGUCGCUUCUAUGGCACAAUUUCUCGGUCAGCUCGCGCGUGCGGUGAAUUCCAAUUCUGUGAAGCGUACAGUGUCUCAUGGCAUGAGUGAAGAGACUUUCCGGAUGAUCGAUGCCGACAACAGCGGCUCUCUUACAAAGUAUGAAUAUGUAGUGCACAUGUUGCUUAAUUUUGACAUGGUUGAUGCGAGCGACGUGCAAGAGUUGCUCGAAGUGUUCGAUGAUAUGGACUCGAACCAGAAUGGCCUUCUGGAGUACGUGGAAGUUGCGGUACACCAGCACCACCACCACCAAUAA